AUGAAUUUCUUCAAGAGCGAUCCCACGAGAAAGUUGAUACUCAACAACCAUGGCUUUACCAAGCACCAUGACUGCCGCCAAGACAAAUCCGAGCCUCAGUUCAAGGACCGAUACGAGCUAUGUGAAAAAAUCAAUGGUCUACCCAGAACCUACAAGUGCGUCUUCAAGGCUACCGGAGAUGCUCGAUCUGUCAAGAUUAUGCCACGCAAAUUGGAAGACAGUUUUUGGGAAGAAUUGAACAUUCUCAAAGCCAUGGAAAGUGCCUACUUUCCACGCAUUUUUGAAAGUUUUGAAGAUGAGACACAUCUGUUCUUUGUCUUUGAACGCACCGACAACAUGUACAAUCUCAUUGAUGCCGUUCAUCAGGUAGCACAAGUCAAACGAUACUCGGAAAAGGAUGUCGCAAUGAUUAUCCGUGUGGUCUUGUUUGGACUGGAAUACACCCACCAUGUGCAGGUCAAAAAUACGGAUACUUCCAAUAAGGAAGAACCUCACCAUUAUGUCGCCAUUUCACAUGGGUCCAUCCACUACAAGAACAUUUUGGUGACCAUCAAUCCCGACAAACCAGACGACAUGCUCGAAGACUUUCUCGUGGCAAACUUGGAAGCGGCAGGUGUACACCUUAUCCAGCCGGACGGGUCUGUGGAUCUGGACAAUCAUGAUAAAGAAGCGCUGCUGGGAAAUGAUACGGAUCAUACCGUGGACAGCAGUGAUAGCGAUAGCGAUGAUGAGGAGGACGACACUACCACAACCCAAAAGAAGAAACGCAAAAAGUCACAUUUCGACUCUCCCGAGUACUAUGAAGUAGGGCCCACACCCAAGGGUGAUAUCUACUCUCUGGGGAUCUUGGCAAACUACCUACUCACGGGAAAAUACCCCUUCCAAACCAUCCCCAAGAGUGGAUCCAAGGACCCACCCAAUGAGAUUGACUACAGUGGAAUCAAGAGCACUGACUUUAAAAAGUUUAUCCAUCAUGCCCUUCACAUGGACCCUGCCAAGAGACCCUCUGCCAAGAGGGCUCUCAAGAAUGAUCACUACAACCUCAAAAACUUGUUCUCGGAAGAGGAGGUGGAAGAAUCCCACGACCAGUACAUCAAUGAAGAUGUCAUGAAGAGUUUGACACAAGCACGAAUUCGGCACAAGCUGCAAGAUACGGUCACGUACUACAUUGCCAACUACUUGACAUAUGAGAAUGAUGGGGCAAUGAUUGAACUGGCUACAUCAUUUCACUUUAUGGACACUAAUGGUGAUGGAGUAUUGACCAAACAAGAGCUUGCCAACAGUCUCGCCUCUGUCAAUAUUAUUUUGUCUGAUAAGGAGUUGAAGGCAGUCAUGGACCGGAUGGAUCUUGACAAGAGUGGUAGCAUUGACUUGAAAGAAUUUCUGGCAACAGCUGCGGAUACAGCCAGUUUGAUGAGUGAAAAACAUCUCCGAGCAGCCUUUGAGGAGUUUGAUGUUUCCAAAACGAACUACAUUACGGUCAGCGACCUCAUGAGUGUGCUGAAUGGCCCUAGUCCCGAUGAAAAGGUCAUCUCCAAAAAGGCAGCCAAAGCUAUGAUUGCAAAAGCCGAUCUCACCAAGGAUGGACAAUUGUCAUUUGAAGAGUUCCGAGCCAUGAUGUGGGCUAGUCGAGUGACCAAAAAUGACGACAACAAAAGCAGCAAGGACGAUAUCAUUCGUUCGGAAAAACUGGCUUUAGAGUUUUCCAAGGAAUUGAGGUUUCAACGACAACAAGAGCUUGCUGGAUGGAGAUGA